UUUCCCGUUUCGCUCAGUUCAAGUUUUAAGUUUAAAAAAAAUCAUUUUAAAAAAAUCCUACAAAAAAUCCUUAAUGCCAUGGCUCAAAUACAAGAACAACUCAGCCAUCCGCACAGCAUUGGCAUCCAGCUGCAGCACAAGGGCAUGCCCCAUGGCCUGGGUCUGCUGACCACGGUGGCCUCGCUGCCCCCCAAAUACCGCAGUCGCUACCUGAACCUGAAAACCAGGUGCGAAAUUCCCCUGGAUCUAACGCUCAAGCUGCCCUCGCCGCUGCCCCACGGCGAUGUGCCCAUGGCGGCCACAUUUGCGGAGGUCUACAGUGAAACUCGGGCUGACGAGGAGGUUCCAGCAGAGGUUUCUCCCCCAAAAGUAGAGGAAAAACCCCCCACGCCGCCACAAAGUCCCUCGGGAAAGCGCAAAUUUCAGGCGGAAAGUGGUGAUGAGGAGGGACAGCCCGAACAACCUGCUAAAAUUCAGAAAAAGGAGGAGGAAAUCAUAGAAGCCACCCCUGCGAAACCCAUUAAGAUCUCAGAUUCUGCGCCCAGAACCAGCAAGGCUUCCACCUCCUCGGGAAAAACUAACCGCCAGAAGGCCACCCGAAAGCUAAAGUUCGAUGAGGAGACCAGUUCCCCAGUUUCGGGAACCAUUAUACGACCUCUAGAGGACAUCACCGAUGGUUCCAUGCAGUACAGCAAUGGCGAUAUAGACCCCAAAUACAAUAUAGUAGAGAUCACCGAGGAAACCAAGGCGGAGUUGGCUGCUAUCAAAAAUGUAAUAGGGGACUAUGUGUGCCGUUUGUGCAAGAUCAAGUUCGAGGAUGCCUUUGGCUUGGCCCGUCAUCGAUGUGCUUGUAUAGUGCUCCUCGAAUACAGGUGUCCUGAGUGCGGCAAGCAGUUCAAUUGUCCUGCCAAUCUGGCCUCCCACAGAAGAUGGCAUAAGCCGAGGAAAGAGGCGGCCAAGAAGGAGAAUCGCAAUACCAUCAAUCACCAGGAGAAGCCAUCAUCGCAGGUGGAGAAGAAAUCUGUGGAGGAGCUGGCCUUCGAUUGCCAGGAGUGCGGAAAGAAGUUCAAGAGGGCUGCCUACCUGAGGAAACACCAACUGACGCAUCAGAAGAAGGAAAAGGUGGAAAAGCAGGUGGAGGUUAAGGCCACCAUCACAGGGAGUUUCCACUUCAAGGAGGGCUCCUCCGUAACCUCAUCCUCUUCACGCAGCAGUUCCCAUUCCGAUGAAGGCGUCUAUGUGGUGGGGGCCACCACCAGGAGCAGCAACUAUGAUUACGACAAUGAUUACCUCUCGGACUCCAGUUCAUCCGCCUCAUCAGCGGGCUAUGGUCGCCUGCAGAUUGUGGAACACGGCCUCACGGAGGAGGAAAGCAUUGCUGCUGCGGCUCUAACAAACCUGAGGAACUGCGCCUCCGUCAUCCAGCACACCACCAUGGCACACUGAAAGAAAAACAAAGAGUGAGAUUUAAGUUUAUAAAAAGUUACAGUUAAUUUUUAAAGUUAAGUUUAGUUUUAUGGUUGGGAGACACCCUCUCUAUGCAGCUGAAACAGACCAAAGAAUUAGUUUUAUUCACAGGGAAAUUUCCGUUUCCUCUUCGUAUCCUAAGUUUAGAUUUAGUUUUAGUUUCGUUCGCAAAAAAUGAGUUCAAUUCUAGUCAGAGUCUCUAAUUUGUAUCCGUACUUCGGCUUACAUUCCAUAUAACUUUUAGUUCUAGUCAGUGAAACCAAAGAAACUUGGCACUCAGUCAGCUUCAAUACGAUCUCGAUAGCUAGUCCUUAGUUUUUAGCUAGUUUAGGAACUUUUGGGAGUGCAAUGAACUUAAUAGGAAAGCCAAAGAAAAUAU